AUGGAGAAGCUUCAGCUUCAUACUCGGCUUAUGCAAGCGCUGGAAGAUGACCCACUUUUCUCAGGCAAGAAAGAAGAAAAGGUCAAACGUUAUCGUCCCAUGAAAAGAUUGAUUCUUUGUCUUGAUGGCUCAUGGCAAUCAUCCAAUCAUGGAGAGAAGAACAUCGCGUCCAACAUUGUGAAAUUGAGCCGCUCCAUCGACAGCUGCGAGAAGACCAAGGACAAGGUGAUUCAACAGAUCGUUUACUAUGAUGCAGGUGUAGGUACCGGAAAAAGCGCCCCAAGGAACGAUGCUUCGAUACCGGCAAAGGUCCUGGCCAAGGGACAAAAAAUAUUCGAAGGCACCUUUGAAAGAGGACUAGAGGAGAAUGUAUGCGAGGCCUAUAACUUUUUGGUCAACAACUGCCAUCCUGGGGAUGAAAUUUAUAUUUUCGGCUUCUCACGCGGUGCAUAUACGGCCCGCGCGGUGGAAGGACUGGUCUCCAACAUGGGCAUCUGCUUUCCGGACAUGAUGAAUGACUGGUGGUCGAUUUACGACGAGUACAAGAAGAGAAGCCGGGAAGAGCCAAAGCCUACCAGUGACAAGAUUAAUGCUUCGAACGCAAAUCAGGAAAGCACCCGGGGGCAGGACCAUGUCAAGGAGAAAAGCUCGGAAGAAGAGCCAAAGUCUCUCAGUGACGGGAUUGAUGUUUCUAACGCAAAUAAGGAAAACACCUCGGGGCAGGACGAUGUCAAAAUGGACUGGAAGAGCCGCUUCUACAAGGGCGUCCAGAUCCAAGUCGUGGGCGUGGUUGAUACCGUGGGUGCCCUUGGAUGGCCAUCCAACAAGUUGGUGCCGGCUGAGGACACCAAUGCUACUAAAUAUGGCUUCCAUGACACCAAACUGCACAUCAAUAUCAAGAACGCAUUUCAUGCCCUGGCUCUAGAUGAGCACCGAUAUGCGUUCCCUCCAACUCUGUGGUCCCUCCCUAAGGGGAUCUCUGCUAAGGAAGCUGCUAAGAAAGGUCCCAGGUUGGUACAAUGCUGGUUCCCGGGCUACCACAUCAAUAUCGGUGGUGGCAGUGACGAGACAUUGAAACAUUACGACGAUAUGGAAUCCAUGGCCAAUCCCUCUCUAGUCUGGAUGAUCGAUCAAGUCCGCAAAUGGACCAAUCUGACCUUCAAGAACUACGCACUGGCAAAAUUUUACCACCACUACACCCAUACCAUCCGCCAAGAUGUGCCUGAUCCCGAAAAUCUCACCGCGUACGGUGGCUGGGGCAUGGGCUAUCGACCGGAUAGCAUCAAUACCGUGACAGGUUACAGCGGAUCUACCACUCGCACUCCGGGUCAGUACAAGAAGGUGGAAGAGACCCAGGAAUACAUCCAUCCCGUGGUUACCUAUGCAAUGGGCAAGGCGUACCGCCAAGCCCAUGCUGAGGGUACGAUAUUGAGCUACCAGCCCCCCGCUCUGGCAGGCUUCGAGGGAGUGUUGAAUCCCAAAGUAUACAGUACCUCGGAAACCGGGAAGAAGACCGUGGACACCCUGGACGGCUGUUAUUGGAGGAAGAAGAUCAAGGGAGUCAAGUACGCUGAUACGCCAUACCUGACACGAUUGAGCAUUUGGUAUAACAAAUCUCACCCACCCGAGGAGGAUGACGAUAUUCUUAUUCCCGAGAUGAAAAUGUUGGAGGAUAGUGACCGAAGCAUGUUCAACGAGCGGGAUUACAUGCGUGCAGACUGGUUCGCGCUGUGGGCUUCCCUGAUGGAAUUCCAUGACGAUGUCAAACGCGCGAUACAGAAUUUUCCCCUGACACAGAAUCAGUCCGCCUCGGAGGACACCUUGCGACGAGAGAGGUUCCUGCUAACGCGCUGA